UAUACCCCUAUACAGUAAGUAAUGAGAGGAAAUUUACGGACUUCUGCACCCAAAUUUCUGCUAAAAGGAUGCUAAACUUAUGUAUAGAGACUUUAUGGGCAACUCUAAUGUAAAUUGCAAGGAAUGAUUACUGAAAUCAGUCGAUUCAUUUGACCUAAAAUCCUCUAGAGGUGAAGCCAGAGAAUUUUUGAGAGAAAUCGAGUACCAGUCAGGAUUCGGCCAAGACACAGUGGUUAUUAGGAAAGUAGAAGAGAAUGCUGAAAAGGAUGCCUUUAUUAUCACCGCUCAGAAGGCUAAACAGAAUGGUACAGCUAUCCAGAAAGGUGCAGGAAUUCAGACUGAGAAAUAAAGUGGUCAAUAAGAAGCUCCAGAAAAUUGAAAACAAGGAUGAUAUAGUCAUAGAUGACAGUGAGAGAGAAAUUGAUGGCGCCCAGUUUGAAAUCCACGUGGAAAACCUUGACUCUAUUAAGAACUCCUCAGAUGCCAGAUGUGAGAAGAAUUCUAAGAGGCUCAAUCGCAAUGUUGUAAUUGAAGAGGAAAUCAAGUGAGCACAGAUCAGUGACUCUGACUCAGUCAGCAACUCUGAAGAUAGUGAUGAGCUUAACGACCAGGUUGAAGAUGUUAUAAAUAAUAAUAAAAAUCUCUUCGGCAGUGUCUAUAAUGGGAUUAUUAAAGUCCAGUUCUCUCCUAUGAACUGAAAGAGGUUGAAAGAGCUCAAUCAGACCGAAGAAGCCCCUGCUGUUAUUGCUCCGCAUAAUUUUGGCAAGGGACAACUGCAGGUUAGCUUCAUGACCAAAAAGAAGGAACAGCAGAAGGUGAAAAACGUGCUUAAAACUCUGCAGAGCUUACUUUAAUAAUCUUUUAUAAACAGCUUCAUA